AUGGACCGUGAUCAGGUCCUCUCGCCGCGGGUUGUCGAAGGCAUGAUUGCCAACGGCGACUCCAUCGUCAUCUUUCAAGAUUAUGUGCUUCGCCUCAAUGGAUGGCUGGACAAGCAUCCUGGAGGCUCUCUGGUGAUCCAGCACAUGGUUGGCCGGGACGCGACCGACGAAAUCUCAGCUUAUCAUCAUGUUUCCACGCUGCGAACGAUGGCGGCCUACCGGAUCGGCCGGAAGCCAAUGGGACCCUGGGUCAACAGGACUCCUCCGAUCAGGGGAGGCAUCUUCCGCAAGUACAACAUCCACAAUGAGCCGGAGAUUCCGGACUCCGUCGACAAGGCAGAGACAGGCAUUCCUAGUCUUCUGCUUGAGCCUGGUCUGGAACAGGGCCUUCGCAAGCGAGUCGCUUCAUCGUCCGCUUCGUCCGUCAUUGAUGCUGAAUCAGCCGAUUCGCCGGCAACUAGUCGAGCCGAAUAUACGAAACGGUUCGUGCGGGAGGGUGCUGAGAAGAGCUCGCGGGAUUACCCGUCUGUCGACCCCGAGGUGCAGCAGGGCAUCAUCGAAAGAUACAGAGCCUUGCAUCAGCAGAUACGCGAUGAGGGCCUCUACAGCUGCCGAUACUCCGAGUACGGCAAGGAGAUGAUUCGGUACUCGAUCUUGUUCAUCAGCUUUCUCUUUGCCUUGCACCAUGGCUGGUACAUGACCUCGGCCGUCUUCCUUGGACUCUUUUGGCAUCAAAUCAUGUUCACGGCCCACGAUGCCGGCCAUCGAGCCAUUACCCAGAUCUUUGUUGUCGACACGCUCAUCGGCAUGUUCAUCGCCGACUUCUGCUGCGGCCUGUCCAUUGGCUGGUGGAAGAGCAGCCACAACGUCCACCAUCUCAUCACGAACAUGCCUGAGCACGACCCUGAUAUCCAGAAUGUCCCUCUAUUCGCCACCUGCCCUUCCUUCUUCGGAUCGCUUCGAUCCAGCUACUACGACUUCACUUUUGUCUGGGAUGCCGUUGCCGACGCCCUCGUCCCCUACCAAAAGUACACCUACUACCCCGUCAUGGGCAUUGCUCGCUUCAACCUCUAUCUUCUCUCGUGGCUGCACCUCUUGUCCGGCAAAUCGUCCUCGUUGGGAUCUACCAAGGCAUGGUGGAUUCGUCCUACGGAGAUAGCAUUCUGCACCUGCUACUGGAUCCUCUUUGGAUACUGCCUGCUCUGGCGCUCGCUGCCAACAUGGACCAUCCGUGUGGCCUUUGUCCUGGUGUCUCACAUCAUCACCAUGCCCCUGCAUGUCCAGAUUACUCUUUCGCAUUGGGGCAUGUCAACGUCCGACCUUGGCGAGAACGAAUCCUUUGCUCAGCGACAACUGCGAACCACGAUGGACGUGGAAUGCCCUGCCUGGCUGGACUUUAUCCAUGGCGGUCUGCAGUUCCAGGCUGUCCACCACCUGUUUCCAAGGCUGCCGCGACACAACUUCCGCAGGGCGCAGACUCUGGUCAAGGAAUUCUGUGCGGACACGGGCAUUCAGUACUCCAUCUUGGGAUUUGUUGACGGCAACCGCACCGUUCUUGGUCGGCUGGAUGAGGUGAGCGAGCAGCUCAACAUUAUGCUGAGCUGUCAGAAGUACAUGGCGGAGACGGGUGAGAGUGGCUUGCACUGA